GCCGCUCCUGCCGCUGCAGCAAAAACUGGCAUCUUUUAGCCGGCUAACGCGCGUUUCAACGCGCAAUGGUUGUUUGUCACUGCGGAAGGAAAACAUGAAAACUCCCCAAAUGUGCGUAAGAGGAAGCCAGCAUGUCCAGGGAAAUGAUUGUCACCGGCGUCGCCUGCGAAGGAGCGGAUAAACUAGCGUAAAAACAAACCCGGAAGUGCUGGUGAAGCUCCCAGCAGCAACAAUGAGUGCCAAAUAUGGCCUGGUGAGCUACAACAGUUCACGGAAGCACAUUUCAAUCUCCAUCCCGUCGUCCACGGAGGUGAUGUCGCCCCACAUAAAGUCUGUGGAGGAGCUGAGGGUCCUGGGAAUCAACCUGAGCAACUUCAGCCCCGCCACACAGUUCUUGAUCUGUGUGGCCGGAGUCUUCCUCUUUUACCUCAUCUAUGGAUACCUGCAGGAGUUGAUAUUUUCCGUGGAAGGAUUCAAGCCUUUUGGUUGGUACCUCACUCUGAUCCAGUUCGGCUUCUACUCCAUGUUUGGACUCGUGGAGCUUCAGCUCACGCAGGACAAACGCAGAAGGAUACCGGGGAAGACCUACAUGAUCAUAGCAUUUCUAACAGUGGGCACUAUGGGCCUGUCCAAUACCUCCCUGGGCUACUUGAACUACCCCACACAGGUCAUCUUCAAGUGCUGUAAACUCAUCCCAGUCAUGAUUGGAGGAAUCUUUAUACAAGGUAAACGCUAUAAUGUGGCUGACGUGUCUGCGGCCCUCUGCAUGAGCCUGGGACUCGUCUGGUUUACGUUGGCAGACAGCAAAGUGGCCCCCAGCUUCAACGUCACAGGUGUUCUCCUCAUCUCCCUGGCGCUGUGUGCAGACGCCGCCAUCGGAAACGUGCAGGAGAAAGCCAUGAAGCUGCAUAACGGCUCCAACUCUGAAAUGGUGCUGUACUCGUACUCUAUCGGGUUUGUCUACAUACUGACGGGCCUGCUCAGUGUCGGUGGACUCGGGCCAGCGGUGGCGUUCUGCUCCGAACAUCCCGUGAAGACCUACGGUUACGCGUUCUUCUUCUCUCUUACGGGUUACUUCGGCAUCUCCUUCGUGCUCGCCUUGAUCAAGCUCUUCGGCGCCCUGGUCGCAGUUACAGUGACCACCGGGAGAAAGGCCAUGACUAUCGUACUUUCCUUCAUGUUCUUUGCAAAACCUUUCACUUUUCAGUACAUCUGGGGCGGCCUCCUGGUGCUCUUCGGCAUCUUGUUGAACGUUUACAGUAAAAACAAAGAGAAAAUGAAGCUCCCCUCCUUCAACGACCUCAGGGGCUGGCUGCUGAUGGGAAAGAAAGUCCGAUUUCUCUCUCAAAACGUAUAGGAGGCACCCACGGGCGGAGCGGAGGUCCUGCGCCGGCAGCCUGACCGUCUGCCCAGAUGGGGAGCUGUCCCGCCUGACUCGGCCUGCAGGAGCAGGCGCCCCAGCGGCCAGCCGCAUCAACACUGAGCCGAGGAUGGGAGUAUACGGUGUGACCAGCAAUCGGCCAGAAAAACUGCCCACACACAGUUAAACUAGGACGGGGGGGACAGAGCCGCCGUACCUCAUCGUGGACCAGGACACCACUGGUGUCCAACGCAAACUCUCUGCAGCAAACUGAAGGAACAGACUCUUUUUUACAAGGGGGAUAAAUGCUAGUGGGCUCUUUUUUUUCUUUUUUUCAAAGAAACACUUCAGAGCCCCACACAAACAUUCCCGACAUGGAGGACAACACCGAGGGCUUUUCUAAAAGGAAGCCGGCCUUCGUUAACCAAAUCGCAGAGUUUUGCACCGUAAAGCGUAAACAUGUGUACGCGUAAACCCUCGAGUGGCUGGAGAGAUGUUGGGUGGAAAGAGCACCGAGGAGACGUGCUAUCCCGUCACGACUCGGACGAAUGACUGCGCCCCCACUCCUAAAAGGAAAAGAUACAUUUUAAUAAAAAUGCAUAUUUGCCCCCGCAUGUGCCAGAAAUAUGGAACUUUGUUUUACAUGUUUAUUGUCUCGAUGAAAGUGGCUUUUCUUUUCUUCAUAGUUUAUUGGUAAUUUAUUACUGGCUGGGCUCAAGAUUAUUGAAAGAAUUGUGAUCAUGUGGUGACAUUUUGGGCAAUAUGAAGGCAUUUACUCCAGUGUACAUGAAAACAUCAAAAGAAUGACAGAUACCCUAAUUUGCUAACCAUGUGUUUGGGUGAAAGGUUGUUGUUGUUUUUCACAUGUAUAAAUAAAAACUUGGACAAUUCCCUCAAAGUC